AUGUCAACGAUGCCGUUGGAAAUGUUCAACCGAAUAGUCAAUGCGACCCCAACAGGCAAUAAGAACUCUUCUCCAUCCCAGCCCUCUAUGCCUGAACGAUCUUUUGAACCGACACCGUCUAGACGGGACAGUCCGCCUACGUCGCAACAGGCUUUUGCCUUGGUGGAAACCGCCGGGAGUUCAUCAUCUUCACUUGACUGGCUGGGUACUCACUAUCUCCCCAACUCAUCGAGAAUCGCAAUGCUAGUCGAGGAGUAUUUUAAUAAUAUCCAUCCUCUACGCGCCUUUGCUUUUAUGCACAAACCUUCUUUCCUCCAACGUUUGGACGGAGAACUUUCAAAGAACUACCACAAUAAUGCUCUGUUACAUAUUAUCUGUGCAUUGGGAGCACAGUUUUAUGCUCUGUCAUACAGCGAGACGACAGCUCCACUUGAGCCCAAAUUUAUCCUUCUUGCAGGCACCCAGUGGGCUAAAAUUGCCCAGCGACUCAUUCUUGAGACUAUAGAUCGUGUGACCAUUGAGAGUCUAAUGGCGGCCGUUCUGCUUCAUGAUUAUGCAGUUCGAUUGGGAAACUUUGCAAAUGCGUUCAUGCUGAGUGGAAUCACUACUCGCAUGACCCAGGCACUACAGAUCAACCUUGAAUAUAAUACCGACAUACUCUGCCGGGAUACUGGUAACGGGCUUCCAGUCACAGCAAAGGAAUCUCGUCGCCGAUUAAUGUGGAGCUGUUAUAUAAUGGAUGCGCUUGUUGGCAGCGGAGUAGACCAGUUAACGCUGAUGGAUGAAAGAGAUAUCAAGAUUCAACUUCCAUGCAACGAUCGCAACUUCACUCAGCAAGUCCCUUGCCUCACAGAAACUUUAUAUCCUGGAAGCUGGCUCAAAUUUAUCCCGGAAGAUUUAGACACAAAGUCUCUGUUGCCAAACAUGGGGAUAAUGGCGUAUUUUAUUCGACAGAUUUCCAUCCGCAAGAGGGUUUUAAGAUAUAUUAAGCAUUUGGGAGAGGCUAUGGUUCCUUGGGAUCCCGCGUCAGAAUUUGCGCUUCUAGAUUCAGACUGCCGGGCAUGGUAUGACUCUCUACCUGCAAGUCUACAGUUCACACCCGAUGCAAUAUACAUUCGCAAAGACACUUCGCAAUUAGGCGCUCUGUGCUUGCUCCAUUGCGCGCAUUAUCAAACCGUCUGCGACCUAUAUCGAUUAGGAGCCCCUGCGCUUUACAAACUCCGAGCCGCUUUCGACUUCCCUCCUGAACAGGGGGAGUUUCUUCGGCAUCUACAAAAGGUUCUCUUUGAUUCAGCUCGGGCUUUGGCAACUAUCAUUGGUCAGACGGCUACGCAUGGUCCCCAAAUGUUGGCAGACUCUUGGCUUCCGACCAUCGUGUAUGACAGCUGCCGGAUCAUGGUAUAUCAUUUGACUCACAUCCUGGAUCCGCGUUCAGAGAAUGCGAAAGCUCUUGUACGGGCUGCAAUCCCUCUCCUCCGCAGUAACAUCAAUGUACUAAAGUUAAUGGCAUCACUCAAUGCAAUUGCAAGUUCGCUCGCCUCCGCGGCAGAAACAAUGCUUGAUCGUUCUGGUAUUGAGUCUGAGAUGGUCACCCAGAACAUCAUACCCGAUGAUCCAUAUCAGUCAGCAGAUGAGGAAGAAACUCCUGUCCAAAGUGCGCCGGACUAUGUCCUUAACCCCUUGACGAUUUUCCGAAUGGCCCGCAAAUCGAUACCUGAGCGACAUGCCCCCGAAAGGGCGAGCAAUACAUCCGCGCCUAAUAGUGUCCUCCCCGAAAAUACCGUCGAUAUGGAUAAUUCCCCUUGCGAAGUUAUUAGCGAAUCCCGGGUAAAUAGUGGCCCGGCUGAGUUAGAAGUUGAUCAGCCGAGCCUUGAGGAGCUCCAAACUCUAUUCAUGUCCGAUCUUGGAUGGGCUUGGCAGCCCGCGGACACAGCUGCUGGAUCAGGAACCGAGGGAGCUGGGCUGUUGCCAUGGGCAGGUGGAUAUCCCAUCACUCAGCCACAACCCUGGUUGCCUGUGUUUCCAUUUCCCCAGCAAGGUUGA